GAAAACGAAUCUACUCUCACGCCGUUACUGCACAUUAACAUAACAGACCGAAAAUUUCCGAUAACUCCCGAUGGCAACACUUCUGGAAAGACUUUACAUCAUUUAUCGAAAACAAAGUUUGUUAGUAAAACAAUAAGUGUAUCAAUUAAUUUAAAGGCCUAAUUAAUUUUAAAUCAGGUAAAAUUAAAAAUAGCCAUAAUCCAAGAUGGAAGCAGGUUAUACUUUAGUAAAAAGAAAUACUGUAACGUAUGAAUGGCAAAUUCAAGAAAUUAGUUCGUUUCUCGAAGCUUCCAAUACUUCUGAUAAAGCCAUGGUACUACAAUCCUCUAAGUUCUCAACAAGAGCUAAAAUACAAGAUUUUUGGAAUCUGCAGGUACAGUUAUACGAUACUAAGUCAGAAAACAAAGAUAAAGUUGGCCUAUAUUUAAAUUCUUUGAAUGGUAACAGCGAAGUGAAAACGGAAUAUUCAUUGUUUAUUUUAAAUAAUGAGAAAAAACAAGUGAAUAAAAAGAAACUAAUUAAAACUUUUGGAGUUCAUACUAGUUGGGGCCUUUCACAAUUUAUAACGAAAGAAGAUUUAUUAAAAAAAAAAGAUGAAUUGUUGCCGUAUGAUAUCUUAACAAUAGGUAUAGAGCUUACGGUCUUUGAUGAUCCUGUUGUCAUUUCUACAAAUGUGCCAUUUAAUGAAUCAAAGGCUUUUAUGGCUCAUGACUAUGAAAAGUUUUAUGAGAGUAAGAUGGGUUCUGACGUUGAAUUGAUAGUCCAAGAAAAAAAAUUUCCAGCUCACAAAUUUGUUUUGAUGGUACGCAGUCCUGUGUUUCAAGCGAUGCUGACCACCGACAUGAGAGAAAACAGAGAAAAAGCGAUUACUAUAAAAGAUAUGAACUCUGAAGUAUUCAAGAGCAUGCUAGAAUUUAUUUACACUGAUAAGAUUAGUGAUUUAGAUGAUGUUGCGGAACAAUUGCUCGAAGCCGCAGAUAAAUAUCAAAUUCCCACGCUCAAAGAGAUAUGUGCAGAAUCACUUUGUAAGUCUGUGACCAUCGAUAAUGCCUCCAGAUUACUUGUUGUAGCUUAUCUGCAUAAUGCAAAAGAAAUGUUGGAGUAUAUUUCAAAUUUUAUUGUAAUUAAUGCAAUCCAUGUGGUAAAAACAGAAGAGUACAAGAUGAUGAAAAAAUUGCAUCCGUCCUUGGGAUGUAUUUUAUUUGAUAAACUUGCCGCUUCUUUUGAAAACAAAUAAUUGAUAACUUCUUAAACUCUUAUUUAAGAAUUCUUGCACGAAGAUGGAAAGCUUAUGUUAUAGGAGAAAUACAGUGAAGUUUAUGAAGAUUUGAAAAUAAUGAUAUCAUAUAUUCUAUAGUUAUUAAUAAUACGUUUAUUUUUAUAGUAUAUACUAAUCGUUCACAUAUUUUAUAACAUUGCGUCAUACACGUUAAAACAAUGUUAAUUAAUAAUUACUUAAAUUCAAAUACUUUUCACUUGAAUUGAGUCACAAAAUUACUCGAAAUAUAAAAAUAAAUUCAUUUAUAUCUAUUAUAAUUACUUAGUAAAUAAAUUAUAAUUUCU